AUGGAACAAAGUACAUACAAAUUCUGUGACGGAUUCAUUGAUAAAUUCUUUUUCACAAUGGCUAUGGAUGAAGUUGAAACUAACAACCAAAACUACACAUCCAUCUCUAUCCUCGGAGCAUUCGUCUAUUCCAACCACAUCUCUAUUUCCUUGACUGCUCAAUACCUUGUUCAACAAAACUUGCACUGCCGAUACUUCGACUGCAAACGCAACGAAAUCCCAGGCAGUGCUUAUCAAAACGUUGUAUUUCCUGAGUCUGUGCUCCACUGCCCCAGGAGAGUUGGAGCAGAAUACAUGUCAGUUUCGAGAACAUUGGAGAAAAGUGAGGAAAUUCCGGAGCCAGUGAAAUUAACUUAUCGCGCUUAUGAGAAACCACCACACGAUCUAACCGUAUGCGUCGCUCCGUUGUAUGGGAACGAGUCGAAAUGGCUGCAAAUUGUGGAAUUCGUGGAGCAUAUGAAGCUAGAGGGCGCGACUUUUGUCUAUUUUUAUAUCGGAUCGAUUUCUGAUUAUGAUCGGAAGAUUUUGAAUGAUUACGUGAGAACUGGAGAUGUAGAAGUGAUCGAUUUGCACGACAAAUAUGAACGACCGUAUUAUGCAUGGCAUUUGAUUACUGACUGCCACCUCCGCGCCAAGUACCAUUCCAAAUGGGUUUCCUUCUUGGAUCUUGACGAGCGAAUCUCCGGAACUCCCCGCCAAAAUCUUCUCCAACUCAUAGAAUCUCAAGAUCCAUAUGUGGGAGAACUCAUAUUCCCAGUUUUAAAUAUUGUGAAAUAUGGGGAUGUGGCCGAGAAAUUCGUUGAUGUGCCGACGUUGAAACGAGAUAUGAUGUUCCGGCAGUGGACGGAUACGGUGGAUCCGACGUGGAACGCCUCAAAGGCAAUUGUGAGACCGGAGAAGAUCGGAAUAAUGUUUAUCCAUUUCGCAACUGCCAAACUCCCCGGUGUGAAAACAGUUCAAAUCAGUCCCGCACAGGCGCUCGUCAGACACUAUCGUAGCACCCAACACCGUGUCGACGUUACCAACUGGCACCUGGAAGUUCAAGCCGAUGGAAAACUGUUUGUUAUCACCAAGCGAACCCUGCCUCCUGUCUUCGAUCAAAAUCUGACCAAUGCAAUAGUGAAAAGGGUGCAAAAUGUGUAUGAUCAGGUGCCUGUUAACUGCUCCGCAAUUGCAAGAUACUUAUGGGAGUCCAGGAAGUUUCCAGACCCAUGUGAAUCGAUGUCACCCGUUUUUUGA